AUGUCGGACUCAGAGUCUCAUGAGAGCGACGCGGAUCACGUCUCCGGCGUGCCCUGCAUCUCCGGCCAGCCGUCCUGCGGAGGCGUUUUCCUGCGCAACGUCUGGCCCUUCGCCGGCAGCGGGAAGAGCCUUCAAAAGAACUUACUCCACAACAGCGUCCGAACUGACGCGGACGUGACCCAUGGCGCGCAGCGCGACUCGUCUCCCGACGCAAAAGCAGACUCUAACGCGGAUGCUGAUAUCGAGCACAAUGCGGAGCAGUCUGGCUCUGCAAGCGGCAAUGCUUCCCCGAUGAAGCGCGGGUUUCUCGGUCGCAUGCGGAACAGAGCCAGCUCUCCGUUCCACCUGGCGUCGGACUUGAGCCAUCGCAUGAGCAGCAGCGGAAGGGAUAAGUCGCCGGGACGCGUCGCAGCUUCUAAACGACGCGGCAAGUCCGAUCGCUCCCCGCAACGCAACCGCUCGAACAAAUCACCGCUCCGCGCGACGGCUAGUUCAAGUGAGAGCGAUGCCGCCGCCAAGAUUGCCGGGCUGGAUGCGAAUGCGGUGCGAGACCAGGCAUCUGGAGCGGGCUUGUGUCAGGCCGUUAGUGAAGGAGCCGUUUUAGGAGAUGCUGGUGAUGUGACUGUAGAGAGAGUGACUGUAAGCGAGUCAGCGGCGGUGGGAAUGGAUAUUAGCGGCGACGACGAGGCCGUGUCAGCGUAUAAGCCGAAGGAUGCGCAAAGAAUCGCGGAAGAAGCGCCGUCGGAUCACGGAUCCUCGGAGCCGAGCGUUUCUCAACCGUCGAUUGGGCAGGAGAAAAAUCCCCCGAACGUGCUGCAACCUCAAGAGGAUCAAAUAGCUAAUUUGUCAGCAGCAGCCGUGACUUCCGGCGCGAGAGACGGGAAGGAGGAGGUGGAGGAGGAGCAGGCGAUGGAGCAUGAGAUGCAGGAGCUUACCGUAAGCGAUGGGUCGGGAGCCACCAGUGGGGCUGCCACGGCGGUAGCACUGGCGGGAGCGGGGGCGUUAGCGGGAACAUUAGUUGGAGCAGAUGGAGGGGAUGAGAAUCGGAGAGAAGAGGAGGCGGCGGUUGGAAAGGAAGCGGAGGAAGCGCGUUGGGAGGCGAAUGAGGAAGGGCGCGCUGAGGUUAACGAAGAUGGACGGUCGGAAGCGAGCUCCGACGCACAUGCUCCUGCGCCUCUUCCCUCACGCUCUGACCCACAGCCCGCAUCACCUGAGGAGGAGCCGGUGAUGCUGGACAGUCUGGACAGGUGUCUGGCGCUGCUGGGCUCGGGCAACAAGAGCAAGGUCACCAUGGCCCUCGUGGCAGUGCUCGCCUACGUGGCAUCUGGUGACGUGGACAACAUGAACAACGUCUACGACGCCCUCCCGUUCUCUCUUCUUGAGGCAGCCUUUCGGGCGGCUGUGGCUAAAGGGAGCACGGGGUCAAAUGGCAUGGUGGAGGAGGAGGAGCUGGUGCACGCAGCACUGGCGGUGCUGGCGCUGCUGCUGCAGGAGCCUGACCUCGCCUACGCGCCACAGACCACACUGCUCGUCCCCCACCUCGUCGGACUCAUCCGCAACGGGUACGAUCCGGUGGUGGCAGUGGACGCGUAUGAGUGUCUGCUAGGGGUGGCCACAGGGUCAGACGCGGGGCUCAAGGCUGUGAAGGGAGCGGACGUGCUGGGAGUGGUGGCCGAGAAUAUCCAGCGUUCCAGCCCAGGGUGCGAGUCACUAGCGUCGGCCAUGCAGCUGCUGGGGUUUCUGUUCAUGAGCGGCGUGGCUGACAUCGAGAUGUACGAGUACAAGCACGAGUUCGCCGCUGCGGUGCCGGCGCUAGCGCGGGAGCUAGCGGAGCGCACGGACAUGCUCAAGUACGAAGUGCUCAAGCUUCUCGUUGCCAUGCUCUCGUCUGAGCCCGCGGAGCCAGUGAGAUCGGUGGUGCAGACCUUUGAUUCCGGCAGCGAGGGCAGGCAGUGGGCGCAUGAUAUUCGGGCAGGCCUAGCAGACAUUCUGCUGGACAGCAACGGGGAGGAGUUUCGGAAGGAUGCUCUGCAGCUCGUGCGAGUGGUGGCAGAGAUCCAAGGGGAGGCCUGGCUCGUGGAGACCGGGGAAGGGGGAGGAGCUGGGAGCGGUGCGAAUGGGUUGAGUGCGGUGCGGCCGUCGCCGGCUGAUCGGUUCCUGCUGGUGCUGCUGCAGGCGCUAAAGGUGGAAAUGCCUCCGUUGUUACAGGAGCUGGCGGUGCUGACGAUCGAGAAUGAGGAGGAGGCAGCAAAGGAGGGCGAGGGUGGGGAGGGAGGUGAGGGCGGCGAAGGGGAAGGCGAAAUGGACGGCGAGGAAAAGGGAAAAAUGAAUGCGGAUGCCGCGUGGGCGGCGCUGGGCGGCAAUCUGGACCGCAAGGCAGGAGGAGGGCUAGGGCGGGCAGGAGGGCUGGGCAAGGGGGAGAUCACACGCAUGCAAUCCCUAGUGCCCACCAGCGAGGACUGGCGAUCCGUGGUGAAUGAAAUGGUGUGGGAGCCGCCAAAGGAUAAUGACGACGAUCCAUCGCUGCUGCAGAUAGAGGAGGAGGUUCCGGAGGAGACUGGCCCCCCUGAGGAGGUGAAGAGGCUGUAUCGGGUGCUGGGGGACUGUUACUGCCUGGUUGAAAAGGUGAUUACGGCCCUGGCUGGGGCUGCUGCGGAGGUGGAGAAAGGGAAGGGGAAGGGGGGAGCGGGCGGGGAGGAGAAGGGUGGGGAGGAGGGGGAGAUGGAGGUGGUCAUGCUGGUGGAGAGGAUGGGGGUGGAGACGGUGCAGGUGUGUGUGAAGCUGGUGGAUGCGAUUAUCAAAGACAUCCUUAUAUUCCUGCAACUCGCACAGGAGCGGGAGCGGUAUUCACAUGAUGGAGUUCUGUCUGCCGUCAAAGUGCUGGGAAGCUACCUGGCGGUGGCGCCAUCAGCGCAUCGCAAGAGGGUGGGGCGGCUGCUGGGCUUCAUGCUGGGCGUCAAGGGCGAGGACGAGGACAGGCCGCUACUGGCAUCACGCUACCUGUUGCCAGCCCUGGUGCACAUGAGCAGCGAGCCCCGUGGCUGCAACUCCAUCCUCAAACGCGGAGGCCACCGCUUCCUAAUCGAGUACGUGGCGGAGACGGGGCGGACGAACAUGACGGGGCAGCUGCGGUCGGGGGUGGAGGGGCAGACCAGCCUCAUGCAGGCCGCUGACGUCAUCCUCAACCUCUUCUCCUUUAGGCGCAACAUCAAGGUGCCUGUGGACCCACAUGACUUUGUGCCACUCCUUGCAUCCAUGGCUGCAUGGAGCAGCGUCAAGAGCACGGACCCAAAGAUUACGUACAAGACUCUAGCGAUGGCAGCGUGCGUGAACGUGUCCAUGCUGCAGCUAUCCUCGGAGGACAUAGUCAAGAAGAAGCUCGACCUCGCCACGUACAAGAAGCUGCCGGCGUCGCUGGCGGUGAUCGUCAAGUUCCUGGAGUUUGGGCACCGCAACUGCAACUCCUUCAGCAGCGAGACGGAGAUUAAAGAACUCUGGGACGUCACGCUGGGAUCGUGUCAGGACUGUCUGCUGCUGUGGCCGCAGCUUAAGAGGGCGAUAGUCAAGUCAGAGUACUGGGCUCGCGUCUCCCGGCAAAAGGCGGUGACACAGGAGAGGUUGAACCAGGUGUGCAAAGACGAGCGACUGCGGAAGCUGCUGGCGCUCGUUGCCUUCUCCAACUGA